GGGCUCAGUGCGCCCCCCGCCUUCCCCCGCCCCUCGCCGUCCCCGGCCUCUGUUUGCCUCCCUGCCUCUGUUUGCCUCCUUGUCUUUCUGCCCUCCUCUUUCCUUCCCUGCUCGUCUCCCCCCGGCUUCUCGUCUCCCCUUCCACGCUCCCUCUCUCCUCCUUCCAGACGCUCCCUUCCUGGUCUCCGCCUCCCCAGUCCCACAGUCCCACCCUGUGCUGGGGGCCGGGAGCCCCAGCGUCAGAAAACGCCCCCUUGUCCUUUGUGUUGUCAGACUUCUGGGGCCCGGGAAAAGGGGGCUCCCGGGCCCCGCAGCCACCGCACCCCACGGCCCCGACACCUGGGAUCCCCGCGGGUUCGGGAGGCUUUUCCCACUGGGCCGAAGAUGGUUGGGGGCCCGGGCGGUCGGGAGCGAGCCCGAGCCCGUGCCCGGCCCCUAGCGGGCGCUUCCCAAAUGUUUCCCGAGGGGCACGUCCCGCCCUGUGGCCCGGACCUCCCCCUCCGUCCCGCCGUCGGGGCCGGCGCCUGGCGGGGGAGGGGCCGCCUGGUCUGGGGUCCGGCGCUGGAAAGCGACGAUGCCUCUCCUCACCAGGAGCGCAACACUCAUCUGCCAUCUCGCUGCCUUUGCCCGGACUAUGCCCAGAGACGAGCAUGCUCUCUGUGUCCUUCAGGACCAAGUUCCAGUGCCUCGUUCUGCGGGGAAAUGCAUAAUUUUGAGGAAGAACUAACCUGCUCCAUUUGUUAUAGUAUAUUUGAAGAUCCUCGAGUAUUGCCGUGCUCCCAUACAUUUUGUAGAAAUUGUCUGGAGAAUAUUUUUCAGGCAUCUGGUAACUUUUAUGCAUGGAGAGCCAUCAGAUUUUCUCUGAAGUGUCCCAACUGCAGAAGCACCGUCGAAAUCCCUCCCCCUGGUAUUGAGUCUUUGCCUAUCAACUUUGCCCUGAAAGCUAUCAUUGAGAAAUACCAGCAGGGGGAUCACUCUGAUGUCCUCACCUGCCCCGAACACUCGAGCCAGCCCCUCAACGUGUACUGCCUGUUGGACCGCCAGCUGGUGUGCGGCCACUGCCUCACCAUAGGCCAGCAUCACGGCCACCCCAUUGACGACCUUCUCAGUGCCUACAUCAAGGAAAAGGAGAUGGCUCCAAAGCUUCUCGAGGAGUUGACUGACAAUCACUGGAUAGAGGUUUGCCUGCUGAUCGAAACGUUGGAGGAACACAAAUGUCAUUUUGAGGAAAUCGUCCAGAGUGAACAAGAAACCGUCCUCCAUUAUUUUAAGAAGCUUAAUGAGGUAUUGGAUGGGAAAAAAGAUGCUCUUCUGUCCGCUUUGCGCAAUGUUAAGACUGCUAUUGAUGAAGAAUACUCCCCACAAAUUGAAAAACUGAAAGAAAUCAGAGAGCAGCAGCUUGAAUUGAUGUCACUGACCACAUCUUUGGGAGAGGAGGAAUCGCACCUUAAAUUCCUGGAAAAAGUCCAUAAUGUUCGUCAGCGGGUGCAGGACUUGAAACAAAGAAAACUCCCUCACAUUAAACAUCUUGAAAUUUAUCCGCUCAUUGGCCAGAUUUUAAGGGAAGAAUGGUCAAGGAUUGAAAUUGGUCAAAUAAGAAAACUUGAGGUUCCAGAAAUAAAGCUUUCUCCGCAAAGGAUGCAGUAUACCCCCUUUUGUGCCCCCUUUGCCCUCCUUUAUGCCCCCCCUCCCCUUAAGAAAAAGAAAACAGGGUUUUGGAAGAUUUUAAGCAUUUUUAUAUUGACAUUUUUUUCAGCGCUGUUGAUAAUAUUUUUUAAUGACCAUCUGCUGCCCAUUUUUAACAAUUUUAAUGAUAUAAGUUCAGUCUAUUUUUCAGAAGCUUUUCGAUUUCUGUAUCAUCUUUUAUCUAGCCACAUGUAUACAGCUAAAGAGACGAUGUGCCACAAUUAUGAUGUGCUGAAGCAAUUAAUAUGGGAUGCCAUUUCUGAAAAUUCAGAUGCAAAAUAAUUAUGUUUACCUCUCUAGCCAGUUCUUAAUUAGCUGUGUGAAGUGGGGAGCGGGGACAGGCCAGCCUUUUGCCAGCACUAUCAAAGAUGGCAAAAUGUCAUCAAAGCUCGACGUGUCAUGUUUUGGUGGAGGCGAAGAAAUUCUCCUAUUACUCGGAGUCAGUUUUCUAAUUAUUUUGAAUCAAGAUUAUUCAAAAUUUACUCAUCUAUUUUGGCUAAUAAAGAUUGACUUUUAUAACAUGGUCAACUUUGAA